AUGCUGGCAGUCUCGCUGUCAAACUUUGUCUCCAAUUUUGCGGGUGCUGGUUUCUCGGUGGCCACGCCUGUGCUUCAGGCCCAGUUCCAGAAGACGCCAUCGGAGGUGAACGCGUUGCUCACGUUCAAUUUCUUGCUCCUGGGCCUUGGCAAUCUGGUCUGGGUUCCCUUGGCCUCGAAGCUCGGGAAGCGCUUCGUCAUGUUAUCGUCGAUGGCCCUCUUGUCCUUCUCUCUCCUCUGGACUGCCAAAGCUACGACAUUCAAUAGCCUCUUGGCAGCCCGUUGCGUGACAGGUUUCGCGUCGGCUGCUGGCGAGAGUAUCGUUCCAGGUGUCGUAUCGGAUAUUUUCUUCCUUCACGAGAGGGCAACAAUGAUGGCAGUAUAUGUUGUCAUGACGUCUGGAGCCACUGCCGUGGGUCCGCUCGUCGCUAGUUUCAUGGUGGGAUACCUUCCGGGCACAUGGGUUGACUUCUCGUGGCUGUGUAUGGCGUUGGCAUUCUUUUGCUUCCUAUGCAUGUUCUUCUUCUAUCCGGAAAGCAACUUCAUCCGGUUGCGCGAAACACAAAUCCAGGCUCGUCGCAUUCAUGACGCUCCUCAUGACGAAGCUGCCAAGGACGAGACAACAUCUAAUCACCAGGAGACUAGCGCUGAAAAGCCCACUGAGCAGGGUGUGCAGCAUCUGGACCAUAUCGACAUCGAUUGGCCCAAGGUCUGGACUUCCCUCGUACACUACGACAACUCGCUGAAAUUGAGCAUCGCAAUACUACGGCCGAUUGCAUUUGUGGCGUUGCCUCCUGUCCUUUGGGCCAUUCUCAUUUACGGCUCGGCGCUCGCCGCCCAGAUUAUUCUUCUCUUUGCUUUCCCGUCUCUCCUUAUGGCACCACCCUACCUCUUCAGUCCUGACGGUGUCGGCCUCAUCCAGAUCGCUGCUCUGAUUGGCUUCAUCGCUGCGUGCUUCAGUGGUGGCUUGAUCUCGGACAUUAUUGUUACCCGGCUGAUUCGGCGCAACAAGAAUGAGUUCUUCCCCGAGCAGCGGCUCGUGUCUCUCAUUCCGGCCUUCUGGGUUGGUCCACUAGGCUGCAUCAUCACAGCUGUCGUGUGCUCGCAGCAGCUAUCAUGGGUAGGAAUUGCGUUCGCAUUUGCGAUGCUCUCCUAUGGCACCGUCUUCUCCCCAAACAUUGCCAUCACAUAUGUCGCCGACUCCUUCCCGAUGUACUCGUCCGAGUGCCUGGUCGCCAUCAACGCCUGCAAGAACCUGGUUGCGUUCCUCUUUCUCUACGUGGCGACAGAAUGGGUCAGCUCCCGAGGCUGGGUCCAGGUGUACAUGAUCAUGUUCAUGGUUACCAUGGUCGCGUCCCUGCUCGCCGUGCCGAUUUACUACCUGCGCCAUUCUCUCACGGGCGCCAGUCACAGAGUCAUCACCCGCAUCAACAGGCUUGGCUAGAGCCGGACGUAUUUUCACGGAAGCCUAGAGCUCGGCGAAGGUUGUGUCAAGGUAGAACGCUUCAUCCAAGUAGCUCAAAACCUCGCCGAUCGGGAUGGCAAGAACGGUCUGCAAGGUCUACUGUACUCGGGCGCAGGCACGCACGGGACAGGCGUGGAGGUGGUGGUAACAAAAUGAGACGAUCAAAAUGUAUUUUGUGUGAAUUAGAUAGGUAUCUAGGAGAAGGUCAUUUGGCAUCUUGAGG